AUGACGCAGCGCUUCAUGCUUGUGCUGGAAUCCGCGACCACGGAGGAAGUCUGCAAAAGACCCGAGCUGGUCAAUUUCAGGUGGCAGUGUGGUGCUUGUGGUGACUUCGGCCACGGCGGGCGGCAGAGUGGAGGUGGUAUUGGGUGUCAGCGAGAGACGCAGUCAGGGUACUGGCACGGCGUCGGCAUAUUGCUUGUGGUGGCUUUACUGACGCAGGAAGGCACAUCCGACGUACUGGAGACAGACAUCAGCUUCGCCGAGUAUCGAGACUUCAAGCGUUAUUUUGCCAGUGGCAAGCGUAAUCUUACGAUCCAAGUCGAGCUCAUCGAGCGAGCGAAAGUCAAAGAUAAGGCCGGAAUCAACCAUGAUAGGGCGCCAACGGUCAGAGGGAUCCUUCAUGGAGUCCAGAGAUGGAAAUUUAUGGGGUUCAUUUGGAACGGUAGUUGGGAGAGGGGAGGUCAGGAGAGGCCUAGGGAAACUUCGCAAGAAAGUUAG